AUGGGUCACGACGUGGAUGGGACGACGGUACCGUCGCCGGACUCCCUCAUUGCCGCGGCGCGCGCUCUCUGCGCCGUCUGUAGCAGCGCCGAGCUGCCCGGAACAAUCCCUGAGGGCUUCUUAGUCUCGGAUUCGCGCUCCCCCCUCGGCUGCAGUGGCAUGGCGUCGUCCAGCGCCCCCGUGCGCGAUAAACGCAUCAAGGUGUGCGUCCGCUUGCGCCCCUUCACACGCACCGAGAAGCUCAAGGCCGGCGGCAAAGCGGCCUGGACAUGGCACGAGAACACUAUUUAUCAGCAGAUUUUCCCAGCGCAGAUCCCGUCGCGGGUGUCCACGAGCGACGGCGAGGAGAAGAAACGCAGCGGCGGAUCCACGGCGUCUUCCAGCUCUUCGGCGCUGCGGGAGUCGUCCGCGUUGCCGUCCUCUUACUCGUUUGACUAUUUGUACCCCCCAGCGACUCAAACCCAAACGGUUUAUAAGGAGACUGUCAAGGAUGCCAUAAUGGCUGCGACCGAAGGCUACCACUCGUCCGUCUUCUUGUAUGGACAGACCGGCACAGGCAAAACGUACACCAUGCAGGGUGGGCGAGGAGAUCCCGGUAUCAUUCAGUUAGGCGUGCAGGACAUUUUUGAGCACAUUGCUCGACAUCCGAGCAUGGAAUUCCUGCUGCGCUUCUCGUAUUUAGAGAUCUACAACGAGCGGAUCCACGAUUUGCUGGCGGCCGGAGCCAAGUCGGACAUCAAGAUCUACGACGUCCACAACCGAGCAGCUGCAGGCAAUACGCGCGACGGGUUCGUGACGAAAGACGUGGUGAUCAAAGGCCUGCGAGAGGAGAUUGUGCUGUCCACAGAGCACGUGCUGUCGCUAGUGGAGGUGGGCAACUUGCACCGUCACAUGGCCAUGACCGAGUCGAACGAUCAAUCCUCCAGAUCUCACGUCGUGUUUCGAAUGGUCAUCGAGAGUCAAGCCAAACGCAGUAGCAGAGACCGAGGGGAAGUUGCGCCAGUGCGCUCGGCGACGCUCAACAUUAUCGAUCUCGCUGGCUCGGAGAGUGUUCGACUCGCCAACACUACGGGGCAGGCGCUAGAAGAGGGCAAGUUCAUCAACCGCAGCUUACUCACACUCGGCCACAUCAUCUGGAAGCUCAGUCGAGAUCGUCACAGGAAGAGCGUUAGCGGAGUUAGAGCUCCCAGCACGCCGCACUUGCCGUAUCGCAACUCGAAGCUCACUCGAAUCUUACAGCCGUCACUGGGAGGCCAAGCACAAAUCGCCAUCGUCUGCACUGCUUCUCCGUCUGUCGAGUGCUUGACGGAGACCCACAACACGUUGAAGUUUGCUAGUCGCGCCAGAAGAGUUCGCAACCGAGUGGUGGUCAAUGAAGGCCUGGGCGAGUCGGCCUUACUGCGGAAAUACCGAGCGCGCAUUCGAGAGUUAGAGGAGCAACUGGAGCAUUUGCAGAUACGUCGAAGACCGAGAGGACCCAGUACCGCUAUCCAGACAGUGAACGAGCGUCAGAUGGAGCUCAAGUUCGCUAUCAACAACAUCAAUAGGGUCAUUUUGAACUCGUCGCAAGGCCAGGAGCGACCGGAUGACGAGGAGCUCGCGUCUAUAGAUGAAGACACGUUCCCAUCCAUGGCUACACCCCCCGAAGCGUGGGAAACACCGCACCCUCCUCCACCUCCCAUCCAGACUACGCGUCGGAGUGAACCCGAGCGGAAGCCGACACCGCGACAACUAAAAGCUCGACAACAAGCCGAGAGGGAGCAACAGACCUCGCAGGCUCCGUCCAGAGCCGCCACUCGCCCUUUGCUGCGUCGUGAGCCAGUGCACAGCACCAGUACUGUCAGUAUUAACCAACCGGAGGAGGAAGACGAGGGCAAGGACGACCUAGCUCGUCCACGUCUCGUCCACUCUGGGAGCUCCGCCAAUACCUCGAACAAGACGCUGAUCGGCAGUGGCGGGAGUGCUAGUACCAAGACGCUGCCCUUGUCCACAUCGUCGUCUCGCCAUCUCACAGACAAUGACGAAGACCUCGCAGAGACGAAAGAGGAAGAAGACGGACAUGAAGAAGACGAACCUGAACGUGAAGACGACGCACAACAACACGACACUCCACCGAACUCGGGAGCUGUUGAAGCGCCUCAGAGCUCACCGAGCACGCGUCCGUCUCUCACGUCGUUGCUGAAGAAUAAAUACUUGGACGAAUUGGCCAAAAUGGACCAGCGGACUGGUCGAUGGCAACGCACAGAGGAAAGAGAUUUGUUCAGCCAGAAGGAAUUGCUGCGAGAAUUCGUACGUGGACUUGAGAUCGCUCAGGCGGAACAGGAGACGCGAAUGAGUAAAAUUCGAGAACUGGAGCUGGAAAACCGCCGUCUACGGCAAAUUGUGGCCGCUCGUGAUGAUGAACUGGCGCAAUGGAAGAAAGAGACGACUCCACUGACUCACGACGCUCUGUCUUCGUAGAGUUUGGAGAGUUUUAUAGGUUUUGUAGACUGAUAAAAACUGCUCGUGGAUUCGACGAAGAACACGAGUGUACAAGGAGUAUUAGAAGUGAUCAAGCAAGCAAA